UAGCCAUAGAGAGAGAGAGCAUAAACAAGAACGAGACUAGAAAUCAGGUCAUCGGAUAACUAAUUUAUAUACAUAUAUAUAUAUAUAUAUAAUUAAGACAUGGCUCACAUAGCCGUAGAGAGGAACCGUCGUCGACAAAUGAACGAACACCUCAAAGUUCUUCGAUCAUUGACGCCGUGUUUUUACAUCAAAAGGGGUGAUCAAGCGUCGAUCAUUGGGGGCGUGAUAGAGUUCAUCAAGGAGUUGCACCAAGUCGUGCAAUCGUUGGAGGCCAAGAAACGGCGCCGGAGUCUUAGCCUGAGCCCGAGCCCGAGCCCGAGUCCGAGACAAUUCCAAAUGAUAAAUAAUCCUCAAAAUCAAGAAAUAAUAAUUCCCUUUGGAAAUAUUAAGGAGCUUGGAUCUUCUUGCAACUCUCCAAUGGCUGAUGUCGAGGCAAAGAUUUCGGGGUCUAAUGUCCUCGUUAGGACAAUAUCCCGACGAAUCCCGGGACAGCUGUUGAGGAUCAUUGGCGUGCUUGAGAAAUUGUCGUUUGAGAUACUUCAUCUCAAUGUUAGUAGCAUGGAGGAUACCGUUUUAUAUUCCUUCGUAAUAAAGAUAGGGCUGGAGUGCCAAGUAAGUGUGGAGGAAUUAGCCUUUGAAAUUCAACAAAGUUUUUACUGUCAUGAAGCUGCUGCUAUCCAAGCAACUUGCUGAAUUCUCUCUCUCUCUCUCUAUAUAUACAUAUAUAUAUAUGUAUAUGAAGUGUAACCCUAAUGCAUGAACUCUUAUUGUAUGUGUGUCUAUUUGUAUUUCUGCAUUACACAAUCUGUUGUAAAAUAGUGUUUACUGUUUUAGAAAUAUAUAAAAGUAUCAG